UCUUUUUCCUUCUUUUGUUAGCUUAAAAGCACCCCCUCACCCUUUCUCUCCCUUUCAAUAUUCCAUAGCAACAUUUACUAAAUCCCAAAACAAAAACAAAAAAGCUCCUAACAUCUGCCCUUUAAAUUUCUUUCCUCAUCAUCAUUAUCAUGAACGGGAAAAAAACCCUAAAUAGCCCGAUAGAAAGCCCGUUAUCGGGCAACACGUCCGAUAACUUCUCUAAAGAACUAGACAAGUUCCUCCCUAUAGCCAAUGUUAGUAGAAUAAUGAAAAAAUCUCUUCCAACCAACGCGAAAAUCUCCAAAGAAGCCAAAGAAACCGUUCAAGAAUGCGUAUCUGAGUUCAUUAGCUUCAUCACGGGUGAAGCAUCGGAUAAAUGCCAAAGAGAGAAGAGGAAGACCAUCAAUGGAGAUGACCUUUUAUGGGCUAUGACAACAUUAGGGUUUGAAAAUUAUGUUGGACCCUUAAAAGGUUUUCUUAAUAAGUAUAGAGAAAGUGAAGGAGAAAAAAAUAUCAUGGCUAGAAAUGAUGAAACUUUUCAUGAACCCAUUAUAACUAGUACUAAUAAUAUUAUUAGUACUACUUAUAGCAAUAAUAAUGUUACAAAAUUCUCACUAGCAAGGCCUGAAAUUAUUCAGAGCUUUAAUAAUGGGAAUUUUUCACAAAAUUAUGGUGAGAAUUUGACAUCUAAAGCUAAUCUUCAUGGGGUUGAAUGGUAGAUUUUUAUUUUUUUGAAAAAAAUAAUAUUACGUUCUUGUUUCUUAAUUAAAAUAUUUUAUUGCUUUUUCUUUUUCGUUUUUAAAUUAACAUAUUUUAUUGCUUUUAUAUAUAGUACGUGUUAAGUAUUAUAGUUGAAUUUAUAGGUUUGCUGAUUAUGUAUCUUUCUGAUGUAAUGAAUGAGCUGAUUCAUCAAUGUCAUGUUGUUAUUAUUAA